AGGGGCGGGGUCUGAGGUGUUCGUGGGCGCUUGCGUUCUUCUCACCUUGGGACAGUGUCUAAGAGGCUCAUGAUGCGGGCGACGCUGGCUAGAGUUACGGCUCUGUGGAGAAACGGCUUUGUCUGCUGCCCAGGCGGCGGGAGGGAGCUGUGGACCGGCCGCCCGAAGUCAGAUACUGACAAUAUGAAGCCAUUGGAGGGUGUAAAAAUUCUGGAUCUAACAAGAGUACUGGCUGGACCUUUUGCUACUAUGAAUUUAGGAGAUCUUGGAGCAGAGGUUAUAAAAGUGGAAAGACCAGGAGCUGGUGAUGAUACACGAACUUGGGGGCCACCUUUUGUGGGAACAGAAAGUACUUAUUUUCUCAGUGUAAACCGAAAUAAAAAAAGUAUAGCUGUUAAUAUCAAGAAUCCGAAAGGUGUGAAAAUCAUCAAAGAGCUUGCAGCUGUUUGUGAUGUAUUCGUGGAGAACUUUAUCCCUGGCAAACUGUCUGCAAUGGGCCUUGGAUAUGAAGAUAUAGACAAGAUUGCUCCUCACAUCAUCUAUUGUUCCAUUACAGGGUAUGGUCAGACAGGUCCACUGUCUCAGCGAGCUGGUUAUGAUGCUGUGGCCUCUGCUGUUUCUGGUCUAAUGCACAUCACAGGGCCUGAGGAUGGAGAUCCAGUUCGUCCAGGAGUAGCCAUGACUGAUCUGGCCACUGGCCUGUAUGCAUAUGGAGCGAUUAUGGCUGGAUUGAUACAAAGAUAUAGAACUGGAAAAGGACUUUUCAUUGACUGUAACCUACUAUCAUCUCAGGUGGCAUGUUUGACCCAGGUGGCUGCGAAUUAUCUUAUUGUCCAAAAGGAAGCGGAACGUUGGGGCACAGCUCAUGGCAGUAUUGUUCCUUACCAGGCUUUUAAAACCAAAGAUGGAUAUCUUGUAGUUGGAGCAGGAAAUAACCAACAGUUUGCUACCGUGUGCAAGAUCUUGAACUUGCCUGAAUUGAUUGACGACUGCAAGUAUAAAACUAACCACCUUCGGGUACAGAAUAGAAAAGAACUUAUUAAAAUACUUUCUGCACGGUUUGAAGAAGAAAUGACCAACAAGUGGUUACACCUCUUUGAAGGCAGUAGAGUACCAUAUGGCCCAAUCAACAAUAUGAAGAAUGUGUUUGCAGAACCCCAGGUAUUACACAACGGCCUAAUUAUGGAACUGAAACAUCCAACUGUGGGAAAGAUAUCAGUCCCAGGCCCAGCUGUGAGAUACAGUAAGUUCAAAACGUCACAGGCCAGGCCACCUCCCCUGCUUGGGCAGCACACAACGCACAUCCUGAAAGACACCCUCAGAUAUGAUGACAGGACCAUCCGUGAGCUGCUCAGGACUGGAGUUGUGAGCCAACAUGAAACUGAGUGACAAAGGAAAAAUAUUCUUUCUCAAAACCACAAUCUGAAUGCAUUUUGUUAGCAAAGACAAUACUCUUUCUGAACCCCUCUCCCCAAUUCUGGUGCCUGGCACUAGAAAGUAGUUCGGUAUAUUCCAGACUUCCUGCCUAGCAUUUGGCUCUGGUAUCUGCUUUUUAAAUGUACCCCACUUUAUGCACUGGCUAGUGUGGCUCAGUGAAUUGAGUACCAUUCUGUCAACUGAAAAGUUGUCAUUUCGGUUCCCCAUCAAGGCACAUGUCUGGGUUGGUGCCCAAAUCCCUAGAUAGGGGUGUAUGAGAGGCAACCAAUUGCUGUUUCUCUCACAUAUCCCUCUCUCUAUAAAAAUAAAUAAAUAAAAUAAAAUAAAAGAUUUAAAUGUAUCCCAGCUUUCAUUUCUUACCAAUUUUUCCUUCAGAUAAUAGAUUAAUUGUGGAUUUGUGAGAUUUUUUUUGGUAAAGAUUUUUUUUCUAGAAAAAUACAUUCCUCAUUCUAAUUACAUUAAUAGCCUAAAUAUUGUGCCUUUCCAACCCAUGCUUGUCUGGAAAAGAAUAGAUCUCCUGACAUUUUCUCCUUGCACAUAAAGUCCUCAUUUAAUCCUUUGUCAUAAAGUCAAAACAAUACACAGAAUGACAGUCUCAGUGGUUGAUUUUAAGCAGAAUAACUUAAUUUUGAGUUUAUGAGCCCUUUGUUAAUCUGUAAUUGAGACCAUAGACUUUGCCGAUGGCCAUGAUAGAACUGAACUCCAUUCUCCGCCCCUGGAGUAAAAGUUUGCUUUAUGUUGUGUUUCUCUGGCUUUUUAUGAUACAGUAGCAGAAAAUCAAUUUCUAUCAAUGCAUUUUGAGGUGUAGGUAUCUACCUGCAUCAGGGAUUGAAGAGUGGUUCUUUAAUUGAUGCCUUAUUUUGAGCCAAGUGUAAAUGCAACAAGGUUUUAAAUGGAUGUCAGAUGAUUAUUUAUGUAUUAAAAAAUGUAUAAAUAAUGACAAAUAGAAGAAUGAAAUGAAAAUGUUCAUGGUAACCUGAAGAGGAAUGUAUCUACUGUUGAAGAAGGUAUCAUGAUUAUUAUUAAGUAUUUUCAUUUAAUAAUAUAAUCGACUGUAGAAGAAUGUAUCAUGACUUAUUAUUAAAUAUUU